AACUCGGGACGGAGCAAGCGGGUGAGCUAGAGAGCGUCCCCGAGCCAUGGUCUCUACCGGCCACGGCUCAGCUUGGGUCCCUCUGCUCUCAACCCGAGUGCCCGAUGGAGGCUUUGGUUUCAUGUCAGCAGCCUUCAUCUGCCUUCCAAAAAUAAGCCCCUGCCGCCAUGCCGGAGGGAGAAAAACAAGAAGGGCGGUAUUUUUAGGGCCAUUAAUUCUGACCACGUGCCUGAGAGGCAAGGUGGAUGGCCCUGGGACAGAGGCUGUUCAUCACUAUGUCCCGGGGAGCAGGACGUCUGCAGGGCACGCUGUGGGCUCUCGUCUUCCUAGGCAUCCUAGUGGGCAUGGUGGUGCCCUCGCCUGCAGGCACCCGUGCCAACAACACGCUGCUGGACUCGAGGGGCUGGGGCACCCUGCUGUCCAGGUCUCGCGCCGGGCUAGCUGGAGAGAUUGCCGGGGUGAACUGGGAAAGUGGCUAUUUGGUGGGGAUCAAGCGGCAGCGGAGGCUUUACUGCAACGUGGGCAUCGGCUUUCACCUCCAGGUGCUCCCCGACGGCCGGAUCAGCGGGACCCACGAGGAGAACCCCUACAGCCUGCUGGAAAUUUCCACCGUGGAGCGAGGCGUGGUGAGUCUCUUUGGAGUGAGAAGUGCCCUCUUCAUUGCCAUGAACAGUAAAGGAAGAUUGUACGCAACGCCCAGCUUCCAAGAAGAAUGCAAGUUCAGAGAAACCCUCCUGCCCAACAAUUACAACGCCUAUGAGUCAGACUUGUACCGAGGGACCUACAUCGCCCUGAGCAAAUACGGACGGGUAAAGCGGGGCAGCAAGGUGUCCCCGAUCAUGACUGUCACUCAUUUCCUUCCCAGGAUAUAAGGACCCACGAAAGAAGGCUCAGAUUUAAAGCAGCAUCUGUUCUAUUGGAAUUUUGCGCAAGCGAAUAAU